AUGCGUCUAAUCCACAUCGUAUUAAGUGAGCUGGUCUGGCUGGGUUUGUGCCAGGCUAUCGAUUUUUGUGAGAUAAAGGCCUGUAAGGAAGUGCCUCAUAUUGGCUGCCACAAUGACAUGAACUUUAAUAGUCGCUGUCUUCGCACUCACUUUCUGAUCAAGAUACGACCUUUUACCGAGUAUCUGAUCAAGAUUCACAACAAAUAUCGUCAAAAUGUGGCUGCCGGUGAGAUUCGCCAGCUUCCGACGGCAGCCCAUAUGCCUGAACUAGUGUGGGACGCCGAUCUGGCACUAGUGGCCGAAUAUCAUGUGAAACAAUGCCAAACAGCUCUAACUGAUUAUUGUGUCGCUACAAACGAUUUUGAAGCGCCAAAAGCAAAUGUUGGCGCCGUUUUCGAGUCUCGCAUCAGAGGCUAUUCGUCCACCAACACCGAAUAUAUAUCAAUAUUUGCUGAGCAAUGGCUUCAUCAGGUCUAUUCGAUAACAUCUGGCGAUAUACAUGAAUAUGUACGUCAAGAGUACAGCCAUAUUAUGACAAUUCUAAACGAAAAAGUCUCCCAUUUCGGGUGUGCAGCGGCCCAGGACUUUAAUUUGAAGCACACCCGAUUUCUGCUCAUCUGCUACUACAGCUCAGCACCCACAUUAGGGACAAUCGUGUAUACCACCGGAAACUUCACACCCGCGGAUUGUGAAAAUGGACCCAGCACUGAUCAUCCAAAUUUAUGUAAAACACUACCAAAAAGUGCCUAAAUGCUAAUCUAAAAAGUACUGUAGGUUCAAUGUAAAAUACGAAAUUCUUUUGAAAGCUAGUUAAUAUUUUAAAUAAAUUAAAUUGCUUAACUAA